AUGUCCGGCGGCCGGAGGAGGGGCGGCGCCCCCUGGCACAGCUUCUCCCGAUUCUUCGCUCCUCGGAGCCUUUCUCGGGACAAGGAAGAGGAAGAGGAGGAAAGGCUGGGAACGAACCAGACGCAGGCUCCGGGCCGGGGCGCUGCCAGUGUUGAAAAUGAGUCCAUGAGUCCAAGUCAGAAAAAGGAGAAUGUGCAUUCACCAGAAGGGGUAAAGAUUUCACAAACUGAGGACAAAGGGAACCAGGCUGAGAAGCUGAUCACCCCUCCAACGCAAGAAAAUGCCAAGAAGCUGAAUGAUCUUUCCAGUUCUGCUUCAGAUACCAAGAUAGCAGAAGCUGACAAACAGCCAAAAGAGAGCUUUUUUCAGUUUCUUGGUAACCUAUUCAAUAUCUCAGGAAAAUCAUCUCUUAGUGAAACUAAGCAGUCUUCUUCCAAAGAUGACCAGGACAAAACUGAAAAAGAUUUGCCAAAUCCCAGUGAUCACCAUGAGGAAGGAACGAAAAGGGAGGAGGAGGCUUUCAGCGGCUCCGUUGGAACGGAGACAUUUCCACCAGAAGAACAAGAUUCCAACUCAACUGAACUCUCAGAUACUUUUUCUCUGGAUACAACACAAGACAGUGAGCAAGAAACCAGCGAUUUGCCAAAACCUGUUCAUGGUAAACCAGAAAGACCUUCAAUAACAUAUGCAACUUAUCGGGGUCCCAUGCGUAUAAAGAAAUAUUUAAAGAAACAGACAGCACUAGAUCCCGUGAAUCACUUGGAUGGGGAAAAUGAAAGCUCUGACUCCAGUAUAAACACACAUGUUGGCCUUGGAAGUGUGCGGAUGGCUCCACCAUUAUCAUCAGCUAACAAAGAUGCUUCUAUGAAAGGACAUUUACUUGGAAGCCCCUUAGAAGACUCUGAUUGUAGCAAAAUAAAUAUCAGCAUUGAAAAGCAUCUGACAAACAUCUCAGAACAGCACAACAUUGCUUCCACUAAGGAUGUUUUAAAUAAAAGUGAACUCUGGGGACCUGAGAGAAGUAGGUCAUCUCCUUCCCUGACUGACUCCAAUUCUGUUGUUGGAGAAAAUGACUCACACAGGCAUUUAAGUUGUGGACCAGUUUCUCAGACUGACAGAAAUUUGGUAUGUUCAGCUUUGUUUACAGGAAGUAACAGCAGUGGAGGCCCUUGCAGUCCAGAUUUUCAGAGAACUACAGCAAAGAAUGUAAUGAAAGAGGACAGUUCUGUGAGUUGUGAUAGGAUAUUGGUACAACGAGGAGGGCCUGUUGAACCUCAGAGCCUUGCUACCUCUGACCUCUCUUAUGGUAAAACUGAAGGGAGUGGCGCUAUCACACAGCAAAGUACAAACUUGCCAAGUCCUAAGAAAUCAAUUAGGCAUGAAGAUCUGCGGUUGCCAGAGAGUAAAGAUUCUGACACACAACCUGUAGAUAACUCAUCCAAAUCGCCUGCCAAUCAUACCAGCACCACUGCUCUCCAGAAACAUGUUGUGACAGACACAGAAUGUGUAGGUGGAAGGAACAAACCUACUGCCCAGAACUCACAAAUAAACAAAGCUGUUAGAGAAAUCAAACAAGAAACAGAAAGCUCCUCAGCUCAUGAACUCACAACAUCAAGUGGUAUAAAAGCUCCAAAAAGUCGAAAUGAACCAUUACCCAAAGACCCUGAGGAAUCGAGUACAACAGAACCAAAAAAGCUUGAUUUUAGACUACACAGUAAAAUUCCUCAAACUGUUAAAAUAGAUAAAACAGACUCUGCCUUGUUAAAACAUUUCAGUGACUCAGCAGUUGCUGUAUGCGUAGAAAAGAAAGUAACACCUGAAAUGAAUUUUGAAGUUAACAGAAAUCACAUUGCAGAAUCUCCUCUUGAAACUGAGAGUUGUCAACAAGCCAAAGAAUCAUUGGAUGCUGAAAAAUUGCUUGCCCUUGACUGUGAACAAGUAAAUUUCAAUCCUUCACCUCCUACCUGUGAUUCUGGAGUUGGCACGCUAAGCAAGCUGGAGAGGCUUAUUUUAAAGGAUGAAAGUUCUUCUAUGCCCAUUGAAACUGGGAGUAUAACCACUGCCAGUAUUUCUUAUCAGUGUCAGCAAGAAAAUGGGGCAAAUCAGGUUGAAGCUGCAGAUGUGAAACGUUCUCCUCCUUUCUUCCACCUGGAACAGGUCUCAUGUUCUGAUUCCAAGGACAUUUUCUCUGAUUUCCAAGAAUUCCAGGUGCCAUUGGGUCCUGAAAGCUGCCAUGCCCAUUUAAUUGGACUACACAGCUUGAACUCUGAGUCUGGAAGCCUCUCUGAGGACUACAAUUCAUUGUCACUCCAAGAACCUUUUAAUAAAGCAAAACUAAAUCCUUCAAACUCUAAAGUAAAUAACAACACUGUAGACAAAUCCAAUUCUCUUUCCUUGGAAUCCAGAACUGAUGGCAUUGCUGAAAUAACAACGAAAGCUGAAGUUGGUGGCCAUAAUACUGUUCCUUUUGAAUCGUGUUCUGAAAGAAGAAAACCCACAACCCUAUCCAAGAUUUCUCUUUCUCAAACAGAGCCCAGAAUUCUUUUUCAGAAUAAAAGUUCAUCUGAAAUUUCAGAUGUGCCAGCAAAGCCUACUUUAUCAGAAUUAACUAAGCUAAACAAAAGUUUUCAGUCCAUGGACCAUGACAUGAAAGGGAAAUAUUCUGAUUUUGGCCAGGAAGAGAAUUACCAAAUCGAGGUUUCUACUUAUGUUUCUCAGUGUCAAGAUGUGCAGGAGACAGAGGUGAAAGCUUUAGGUGAUCCUCCUGCUCCGCUUUUACUUCCUGUUCAAGCUGAAAAGGCCACUAGGCAAAUGGCACAGAAUUAUAACACUAACCUGCCAAUGAUUUGUGACCUUUCAGAGGUUCAUGGGGUCAAAAAUGCUUCUGGACCUUCAGAAAUGGCAGACCUCAGCUUAACUAGUAAUUCCUCAGAAUCCCAGAAACCUGAUGGCACAAAAGUAGAUCCACUUUUUCUGUAUUCUGAUGUCAGUUUGGGAAAAAAUACCUUUAUAUGCGAAGAUUCAAGUUUUCUUAAUGUCUCUAUUCUGCAGAGAUCAGAAGACAAAGCUUCAUCCCACACAAAGAAAGACAAGCCUCACUUUCUUUGUGAGUGUGUUGAUAAUGUGCCAACUUCCUCUAGUAACUCUGAGGAAGUUAGCAUGGUUAUAAAUUCACAUCAUCUAAAAGAUAAUGUUGAGUCUAAAAAAGUUACCAAAGAUCUCACACAUGAAGGCACCCCCUUACCUAACCUACUAUCCCCUAAUACCGCUUAUUUGGAAUUGAUAACACCUAUCCUAACAGGAACAGAGGUGAUGCCACUUCAGGACCAUUUUGGGAUUCAUGGUGGGAAGGUACCUCUUGAUUUCCCUACUGCUGUUCAGUUUGACAAUCUCAGGGAAGCAGAUGCUGGAACAGUUGCUGGGGCUCCAGUGUCAGUUAACAGCUCAAGACAGCAGUGUUCUGAAGCAUCUGCUGAGCACAUAGAAGCAAGGAGAAGAGUACAUGACCAACUUUUGGACCCUCAAAGUGGUUUACUUCAAAAAGCUGAUAAGUUAAUUGAUGUGAUUUUUAACUCUGCCAGAGAAGAACUGACGUCUAGACCCACAGUUGGUAUCUACCAAAACCAAAUAGCCAGAGACAGUGUUAUGAAUCCAGGUACCCUGAAAGAAGACACCCCUGAAACAGACCCUUCAGAAGAAGGUACACAAGCAGGGAUCCAACUGCCAGGUCCUUCAAAAGAGCAGCACCUAGAAAGCAUGUCGGAAAGCUACAGAGACGAAAAGGCCAGCCUUUUACCUGCAGUUGGUGAGAAGAGUCUUUCUGAUUCUGAUGGAAUGGAUAUAUCUUAUUUGUUAGAAGAGCAAGCUAGGGAGUUAGUCAAUGAGAUUAUUUAUUCAGCCCAAGAAAACCUGACAAGUAAUUCUUUUGAAGAUACUGAGGACACUUGGGAUUCUGAACUUCAGACUAAUACAUCAAAACUUCUGAACAGAGAUAGUGUUAAGCCAUAUGAUAGAGUUAGGGACUUCCUAGUAGCAGAGCAGACAGUAAGCCAACGUGCAUGUGAAAUUAAUGAAAAGAAAACCUUAAGUAGAUUCUGCCAUGUUAGUAAUGUAGUUAGUGACAGAAAGUCAAUUAAAGGAAGAGAAAUUGUUCUCUACCAAAAAUCCCCAUUUUCUGAGAAAAGAGUGGGGUGCUCUGAUAGAGUGAACUUGCAAGAAUCAGAUACUGCUUUGCUAGCUGAAGAAAUACCCCCUGAAGAAUUAGAUGAUGAGGUACAAACACAUUCACAUUUCAAAGAGAACCAUGAAGAGAGAAUUGAAGCCGUGUGUGUGGAUAAAAAAACUGAGGCAGACACAAGAACUCUUGUAUUAAAUGUCGCAUUACCUCCAUUUGUGAGUGAUGAUAGCCAUCUACCUGGCACAUCCAAAAGCAGCUUGUCUGAUAGUCUUGUAUGUGUGCCUGAAAGAAGCUUAGCAGGACACAGUGGGAAAAGCACACCCCUUUCACUGUCCGAAGUAGGAAAAGCACACAAAAAGGAUGCUGAAGUAAAUAUAGGAAAACUCAAACCUCCCAUGCUCGAAAUAGAGAAGGUAAGCAAAAAAGAUGCUGAGUUAAAUAUGAAAAUAUUUGAGGCAGCCCUUCCCAUGUUGGGAGUGGGAAAAACACAGAAGAAAGGUGCUGAGUUGGGUAGCACUAAAAAUGAACCAAGAGCUGACAUUUUUAACAUGGGGGAAGUGUGCCAAAUGGAUGCUGAAAAGUACAUUGAAAAUGUUGAGGACUUGCCUGUUGUUACUUGUAAGAUGAAGGACAUUGACGGGGAUGUUGGCAGAAUGGAAGUGAUGACUGUUACAUCUGAGGGGAAAAAUUCUUACCAAAAAGAUGCUGAAGGAGAUAUUGCAAAGAUUGAGUCGAUACCUGCCCCAUUAGAAAUGGAAAUUAUUUACCAAAAACAUGCAGAAGGAGAUACUGGCAAGACUGAAGUGGCACCUGCUGUUAUGUCAGAAGCGGAAAAUCUCUACCCAAAGGAGUCUGAGUGGAUUACUGAAAAUACUGAAGUGAUACCUGUUCCUUUAGAAAAGGAAAACCCUUGCCAAAAGGAUUUAAUUGGGGGUGUUGACAGGACUGGCAUGACAUCAGUUAUGUCAGAAGCAGAAAAUACCUACCACAAAGAGUCUGAAAGGAUUCCUGAAAACUCUGAAGUAUUACCUCCUUCUUUAGAACUAGAAAAUACUGGCCAAAAGGAUGCUGAUGGGAAUACUGGCAAAGCUGAGGUGAUGCCUGUUAUGUUAGAAAUGGAAGAUACUUUCCAAAAGGAUUCUGAAGAGGUGGUUAAGGAUACUGAAAUAGUAUCUUCUCUGUUAGACAUCAGAGAAUCAUCUAACAGGACAACGCCUGACUCUGCCAUUUCAGCAAUGGGAAACGUGUGCAAAGGGAGUAUUAAAGAGACUGUUGGGACAAUUGUGCCUAUCAUCCCUGUGGUUGAAAUGGAAAGAAUAUCCUCAAAAGAUUCUGAUGGGAGUAACGAACAUAAGGCUUUAUCUACUAUGUUAGACAUUGAGAAACCAUCUGAAACAGCUGUGGAGUUGGCCAUUACACAAGCAGAGGCCAUUCUUCUUCCAGAGUUUGAGGCCAAAACAGUACCCCAAGUGUAUGCUGAAGCGAUUGUUGGAGAAGUGGAGGAAGAGAGCACUGAAAUAAAGGAAAGCUUAUUAGUAGGUGGCAGUCGAUACAUACCACAUUUCAAAGGCUAUGAAUCGCCUACGUUAAGUAAGGAUUAUGAAGGCUAUCCAUCCUUAGCAGCAUCUGAUUUUCAAUCUGAGGAUUCCAUAAUAAAUCUAGACAGAAAAAUGUCUCUUACUGCAGUGUGUAACAAAAACAGAGGGCUGGAAUAUAGCAGUGAAAAGAGACACUCUAACUUAGCCGUUGUUUCUCAGGAUGAGCAAGAAAAUCCUUCUUUCACUAUAUUAUAUGAAGAGCCCCUUCAAGGUGAGGACAAGUUUGCUGCUGCUGAGAUUAGAAAAACACGGUCUCUCCUGUAUCCUGAUCCUUCUGCCGACAGCAUGCCUGUUGUGGCAUGUGAAAGAUCUGAGAGUAGAACUGACCUUGUCCAUCGUUUUGAAAGAGAUACUAAAGUAGGGGAAACCUUUGAUAGUGAUAGUUCAGAAAUGUUUCUGUCUGUGGAAGCCAAGCGAUACAAAAUUUAUCCCUUGGCUUUAUCUCCCAUCUAUGAAGAUGACAGCUCUCAGGAGGACAUUCUAUCCAGUGAGGUCUCACCUGGUCACCAUGGCUCACGAAAACCAAGAGAGGGUACAAACCAGGCCUCUUCUGUUUUAUCACUUCUCCAGUCAGUAUCAGAGCGUUUAAAGAUGAAUUUUGAGGAAGAUGAACAGGAGACAGCAGGGGAAGAAGAGGAAGAAAAGGAGGAACAAUUACAUAAAGGAAGUCUCACAUCUCAAAAGAGAGAACAUGUUACCUUCCAGAUGCCAGAUUCUCCAGUUGCAUUUUCCCCUGAAGAUGACCAAGAAAUGACUGAAAUGCCUAAGAAUCCACCUGCAGUGCCAACUGAGCUUACAACCUGCAAUCUACAAAUUGGUCUGUGGCCAGAAAAGGUCCCAGUGCUACAAAAAUCAGACCUUACUUCUAAACUACACUCAUCUUUAAAGAGUGUAUAUCAUCAAUAUUUGAAGACGUCUAAAACCCAUUCCUCAGAAAGAGGAGUCAGAGUUGGUGGGCUUAUUCACGAACCAGCGUCAAAAAGUCUUCAAGACAGCUCGGCCAGAUUAAAUUUAUUCACAGAGAAUGUUGACAAGCAGACUCUGAGGUGUAUCCCACGACCUGGGAAGAUGGUUAUCUAUGAUCUCCACAGAUGUAAAUAUAAGCAAGAAAUCUACGAUAAUAUUCUUGAUGCUACAUCAUGGUCCUUUCCAAAUGGGGUACGGAUAAAAGUUGUAAGGGGCUGCUGGAUUUUAUAUGAGAAACCACAUUUCCAAGGUCAGAAAUGUGUGUUAGAAGAAGGGGAAAAAGUGUUAAAUCAUGACUGGAUUCUUCACAACAGAAAAUACCCACCAAGAAACUUUGUAUUAGGUUCCAUCAAACGUGUCUUAAAGGAUUGCAGCAUUCCAGAGAUAGAACUUUGUCCCCGGGCUGAGCCAGCAUGUUGUCCUAUCUACAUACAGAGAGCAGUCCCCAAUUUGGAAGAACUGAAUAUCCCCAAAACUGUGUCUUUCACUGUGAAGUCAGGAGUUUGGCUUGCCUACCCAGAUGUUAAUUUUAAGGGGCAAGCUACAAUUUUGGAAGAAGACCAUGGACUCUUUGAGAUUUCUUCAACUGAAAUGAAAUCAUUGCAUCCACUUCAAAUGGGUGGACUGAAAGUGGAAAUGCCUAUGAACCUAAAGGUUAUUAUUUAUGAAAAACCCCACUUUUUUGGACAGGCCAAAGAUUUUAGUGAACAUAUAGAUUCUGUCCCUAAUUUUUUAAAAAAUGAUGAAGGUUUUCAUGGAAUUGGAUCAAUUCGUGUCAUUGGUGGUGUGUGGGUUGCUUAUGAAAAAGAACACUUUAAAGGCCAGCAAUUCCUGCUUGAAGAAGGUCACUUUGAAGACCAUAGUGCCUGCGAAGCACUAAGUGGCCCCAUCUUGUCUUUCCGGUAUUUACAAGCUAAUUUUAUAGAAUCUUCUAUCACACUGUUUGAAUCUGACCUGGAAAGUGGGAAGUUUAUCAACAUUACAAACCAGGAAGUUUCUGAUUUAGAAGAAAUUGGCUUUGGCAGCGAAACAAGAUCCAUUCACGUUAAAAGUGGAGUAUGGGUUGCCUACCAGCAGAAAUUCUUCUGUGGAAAACAAUAUAUCUUAGAAAAGGGGAAAUACAAAUGCUUUUUUGACUGGGGAGGGUCAAGUAAUACAAUCAUGUCAAUACGACCUGUCAGACUGGAACCGCUUGGAAUAAAUGAGCCUCCACAUUUGCUCAAAGCAUUCAGUAAACCUAGUUUCCAAGGUGAAUGUGUAGACUUUACAACAGAAGUUUCCAGUUUGACUUCGUUCAUGCCAGGCUCUUUCAAAGUUCUUCGGGGUUGCUGGCUCCUGUAUUAUCAAGGGGACAUAUCAGAUAACCAGUGCGUGUUAGAGGAAGGUCUCUAUGCUGACCUUACUUCCUGUGGCUGUCCAGCAUCUGAAGUGAAAUCCCUCUCGCCCAUUCGCUAUGUUUUUGAAGAACCUUCCAUCAGCCUUUUUGCUCUAGAACAUUGUGAGGGAAGAGAGUUACAUCUUGAAGAAGCUGUGAACUCUGUCCUAAAUAAGGACCUGCACUUCUACACCCAAUCUGUGUGGGUUAAAAGCGGACUGUGGAUAGUUUAUGAAGGAUCCAAUUUCUUGGGGAAGCAAAUUCUUUUGGAGCCUAAUGAGAUUCCAAAUUGGACAACAUUCAGUGGGUGGAAAACAAUUGGUUCCCUCCGUCCUAUGAAGCAGCCUGCAGUGUACAUCAGAAUAAAGAACCGAGCUGAGAAUGAGUAUCUGACUGUCAUUGGAAACCUUGUGGACAUCAGGGCCACAUCUGUGUGCAUUUCUCCCUACAAUGGAAAAAAUACGCAAAUAUGGCACUACUGUCGAGGACUCUUCAAAUCCAAGGCGAAUGAUACAUGUCUUGAUGUGAUUGGUGGCCGAGACACACCUGGAGCUAAAGUAGCUCUGUGGACGGAACAUGGGCAGUCCAGGCAGAAGUGGAGACUGAACAGAAAUGGAACCAUCAGCUCUUACCUCAGUGACCAGCUUGUCCUUGAUGUUAAAGGAGGAAGCUAUUAUGACAAGACUCAUGUAAUUGUAAAUCAGCCCCUGGAGGGAGAAGAAACACAGAAAUGGGACAUUGAAAUAUUGUGA